GAUCUCCUUCUGCUUCUCUCCGCCCCCUCGCAGACUCGACUCCAAUGGCGGCGCCGCCGCAGAGGCCGACGCCGGUGAUACCACGGGAGGCGUGGGAGGGCUGCAGUGUCCUCCUCGACAUUAACGAUGGCGACCGGCUUGCCUUUUUCCGCCUCAAUCCUGGCGCGACGGUGAAGAUAGGGAACACUAGCUACUCGCUGCAGCCGCUGGUGGGCCGCCCCUUCGGCUCCCUCUUCCGCGUUGGACCCUCCGGCCUUGUCCCCUGCGCGGCUGAAGCACCACCUCAAGCACAAGUUGUUGCUGAUGGCCAAGUGCAGGAUGAAACUAGGGACAAUAGGUCUCUGGUUGAUAAUAAUACUGCUCAGAAUUUAUCGAGCGAAGAUAUAGAGGCAAUGAAGAGGGAUGGUGCGAGUGGUGACGCUAUUGUGGAAGCUUUGAUAGCAAACAGCUCCACAUUUGGAAACAAAACUGUGUUUUCACAAGAGAAAUACAAACUUAAAAAACAAAAAAAAUAUGCACCUAAAGUGCUUUUGCGGCGCCCCUCUACCCGGAGCAUUUGUGAGACAUACUUCAAGAAAUACCCAGCUCGAAUAGGGUUUAUGCGAGUUGAUGCACUAUCUCUCUUGUUGUCUAUGGCAAAUGUCGGUGCAUAUUCAGAUGUGCUUGUGGUCGAUAUUGUUGGAGGCUUAGUUGUUGGAGCUGUAGCUGAACGCUUAGGAGGCACAGGAUAUGUUUGCAACACUUAUCUUGGAUCAGCACCCAGCAACAUAGACAUUAUAAGAAUGUAUAAUUUGAGCAGCGACAUGAACAGCAGAAUAUUUCAGGCAUCACUUAGCGACGUCUGCUCCUUGCAAAAUUCUGGCACUGUUCUCAAUGGUAAUAUUCAAGGUGAGGUUGUUGAACCUAGUGCUGUAUCAGAUGAGAGUCCUCAGUCAUCUCUGGCACUACCAGUUGACGCAGCAGUAUCAGACGGGAAUGCACAGUCAACUGGAGUACAGCCAAUUAAGAUAGAGGUCCCUGAGCCCUCAAUGGAUGAGAAUCUUAAUCAAGAUGAUAAUUCUUUGUCGGAUUGCAAAGGCAAUGAUGACACUUCAAUAGCUUCAAAACCAGUUAAAGCAGGAAGAGCACCUUCACCAGAGAAGAUGAAAUAUUGGGAAGAACAUGGGUUUAGCAGUUUGAUCGUCGCGGCUCCAGGUCAUGAGGUGGAAAGUUUGGUUGCUGAUCUGCUUCCACUAUUGUCUUAUUCAGCUCCAUUUGCUAUCUACCACCAACAUCUUCAGCCUCUUGCGAUAUGUAUGCACAGCUUGCAAGUAUCAAAAAGUGCUAUCGGGUUACAGAUUACUGAGCCCUGGCUUCGUGAAUUCCAGGUCCUUCCAUCGCGCACUCACCCACACAUGCAAAUGAGUGGGUUCGGUGGUUACAUUUUGAGCGGCAUCCGGAUACAAAAGCCAGAUCCAUGUAACAUGGAAUAAGCAAGGGAUCGCUCAACAAAGCAUGCUCUUGUCCAAUGGGGAAAAUCAGAGCUCGCGAUUCUACACGGUAGCUCAAGAAGAUGGACACGAUUUUGUAGUCCAGAGAAGCCAACUGGCAUCAUGAGUCUAGUUUAUGUGAUCACGGAGAAUAUCAAGUGGGAAAACCAAAUGAGCGUUGCUACUUGGUAGUCUUCUUUUGUUACUUGGUAGUUGCAUAGAUAAACUUUGUAACUUGUACCAUGUUCUGCUGUAAUUCUUAGUCCACAGACUUAACGUGCACGCCUCGAGAUAUUUGAUGCAAGCAAUUGUAGAUUCUUUAUUGGGAUAUUGCUAUGGCUGUCUAUAAUGUGGUUUGCUUGCUGCA